AUGGCAACCCCCGCAAAGCCCAAUAACCAUCGCGCUUGGUGGAAGGAGUGCUCUGUUUACCAGGUCUGGCCUGCUUCUUAUAAAGAUUCCAAUGAUGACGGCAUUGGUGAUAUUCCAGGCAUUAUUUCUCAACUAGACUACAUCAAGAAUAUUGGCGUUGAUAUUGUCUGGCUGUGUCCAUCGUACAAGUCCCCUCGGAUUGACGAAGGCUAUGAUAUCGCCGACUAUUACGCAAUUGGCGAGCAGUUCGGCACGGUCGCAGAUGUUGAGAAUCUUAUAAAAGGAUGUCAUGAUCGGGGCAUGAAGCUUCUUAUGGACUUGGUCGUCAACCACACUAGCGAUCAACACGAAUGGUUCCAGAAAUCACGAAGCUCCAAGGAUAGCGAGUACCGGAACUGGUACGUGUGGAAGCCUGCUCGUUAUGAUGAGCAAGGAAACCGCCAUCCUCCCAACAACUGGGUCUCGCAUUUUCAAGGGAGCGCCUGGCAAUACGAUGAGCUCACCGACGAGUACUACCUUCACCUCUACGCCACUGAACAACCUGACCUGAACUGGGAACACCCACCCGUCAUCGAUGCUGUGCAUGAUAUUAUCAGAUUUUGGUUGAACAAGGGCUGUGACGGAUUCCGAAUGGACGUGAUCAACUUCAUCAGCAAAGAUCAGCGCUUCCUCGAUGCGCCCAUCAAGGACCCCCGCACACCUUGGCAAUGGGCCGACAAGUGGUACGCAAAUGGACCACGGCUACACGAGCACCUGCAGGGAAUUGGCAAAAUUUUGAAGGAGUACGACGCUUUCAGUGUGGGCGAAAUGCCUUUUGUCACAGAUGAAGCUGAAGUUCUCAAGGCCGUUCAGUUUGACCGUAACGAGAUCAACAUGAUUUUCAACUUUGAGCAUGUGGAUAUCGAUCAUGGCACAUAUGAUAAGUUCGAGCCCGGAAGCUGGAAACUCACAGAUCUGAAGAAUUUCUUCCAGCGUUGGCAGACUUUCAUGUAUGCUAACGAUGGCUGGAAUGCUCUGUACUGGGAGAACCACGAUCAACCGCGUUGCGUUGAUCGAUACACCCAUGCCAGUGAAGAGCAUAGGGUGAUCGCGUCUAAGAUGUUAGCUACUGCUUUAGCGUUGCAGUCUGGAACGCCUUUUGUGUACCAGGGGCAAGAGAUAGGCAUGGGCAACGUUCCCACUUCCUGGGGCAUCGAAGAAUACAAGGACAUUGACUGCCUCAAUCACUGGCACAGAAUCUUGGAAGAGAGACCCGAAGAUACCGAAGCUCAUGCAAGCGCGCUUGUCGAGUAUCAGAAGAAAUCGCGCGACAACGGCCGUACCCCAGUUCAAUGGUCCUCUGCUCCCAACGGAGGAUUCACUGGUCCCAAUGUCAAGCCUUGGAUGUCUGUCAACCCAGACUACGUUACAGUCAACGCGGAAGCCCAGGUAAACGACCCUAACUCGAUAUACCACUACUGGGCCUCUGUGCUUGGACUGCGCAAGAAAUUCCUCGACGUCUUCGUAUAUGGAGAUUGGGUACUCAUCGAUCAACCAAAUCAAGAGAUCUUUGCAUUCACCCGACAAUACGAGGAUGAUAAAGCCUUGGUUGUUUGUAAUUGGACCGAGAACAAUGUUAACUGGGAUGCGGAGAAGAAUGGGUUCGGUGUGGUCAAGGCUGUACUCCUUGAUAACUAUGAUACCAGUACAGCUGUUCAGCAUUUCACUGGUGGACAAUGGUCACUGCGACCCUACCAAGCUGUUGUUUUCCUCGUAUGA